AUGCCAGCUUUGCUAUGGGCAAAAUUUUGCCAUUUGUUCUCACCAGGCCUUGGACUUGCCAAGGGCAUUCAGCACAAGGUCAAGAUAAAGUCGUCAGCCUCUCCAGUCGCGCAGAAGCUCAGACGUUUGCCACUUUCUCUGCGCAAGCCGGUUAGCGACCAGCUUGAGCGUCUUCUUUCUGAUGAUGUCAUUGAAAGGGUUAACGCUUCCGAGUGGGUUUCUCCUAUCGUUGUAGUCCGCAAGAAGGACGACAGUAUCCGCCUCUGCGUUGACUUAAGAGAGCCUAACAAAGCGAUUGUAGUUGACAGCUUUCCCUUGCCCCAUACGGAAGAGCUGCUACACUCUCUGAAUGGAGCACGCCACUUUUCAAAGCUCGAUUUAGCUUCUGCCUAUUACCAGGUGCUGCUUCACCCAGAUAGCAGAGACCUCACUGCUUUCAUUACGCACGAUGGCCUUUUUCGUUUCAAAAGGGUGUGCUUCGGACUGGCAUCAGCCCCAGCUGCGUUUCACCAUCUCAUGACAACGGUCCUGCAAGGCUGCAAAGGGGUACUGUGCUACCUAGACGACAUCAUUAUCUUUGGCAAGACUGAAAAAGAGCACUUGAGAAACCUGGAGCAAGUUCUUCAACGAAUCUCUGAAGCUGGACUUAAGCUCAAUGAGAAAUGCGUGUUUAAUGCGUCGGAGAUACCAUUUCUUGGGCAUCGCGUCAGCUCGGAAGGAAUAGCUCCCCUUCAAGCCAAGGUUGAUGCCAUUGUUCACGCUGCCACCCCCACAGACACAAGCAUGCUGCGUUCAUUUUUGGGCUUGGUUGAGUACUAUGCUAAGUUUAUUCCCCACCUGGCUGAAGAGGUAGAACCUAUGCGUAGGUUGCUUCGUAAGGAUGUACAUUUUGAAUGGUAUGACGCUGCCGAAAAGAGCUUUGCAAGGAUGCGUCUGCUUAUGGCCUGGGAGCAGUACUACAACAGGCUCACGCCCACACACUCGGACUGUUGCAUUCGCAUCCCGAACUCUGACAGAAACGGAGCGGAAGUACUCAGCGGGAGAGCGGGAGGCCCUGGCGUGUCUGUGGGCAUGCGAGAAAUGGCACAUUUAUCUCUGGGGGCGGCCAUUCACGUUGUUCAGUACAGGCGGGGAGAAUACAACAAGGUAGCAGACGCUUUGUCCCGGCUGCCUGUUCCAGACACAGAAGAUGGCCUUCAGAUUGAAGAGGAAGUUGUGUCUCUGGUCACGUCUUCAGUUCAUGUCAAUGACCUUCGACUUGCUACAGCCGAGGAUUGCAAGCUCCAGGAGGUUGUUCAUUUUGUUCAGACAUCAUGGCCAGCGAAGAAAUCUUUGACUGCUGAACUGACUCCUUACUACGAGGUCCGGGAGGAAUUGUCAGUAGCAGAUGGUCUGCUUAUGCGCUCGGAGCGUAUUGUGGUUCCAGCCAAGCUCACUGCUACGUUUAUUCAGCUUGCCCAUGAAUCGCACCCGGGAAUCGUGAAGACCAAGCAACGUCUUCGUGAAAAGUACUGGUGGCCAGGUCUGGAUAAACAAGUAGAGACUGCCAUCCGAAAGUGCACGGUCUGUCAGUCGGCAGACAAAAGUGCUAAGAGCUAUCCCACUCCACUACAGCCAGUGGCCCUUCCAGAUAAACCUUGGAGCAAGAUAGCUAUUGAUAUUGUGGGCCCAUUUGAGCGUGCACCAGCCGACUGCCGUUUCGUUAUAUCGGUUGUUGAUUAUUUUUCCAAAUGGCCAGAAGUUGCUUUCUGCAGGGAUGUGUCUUCCGCUAAAGUGAUGGACUUCCUCCUGUCAAUAUUUGCACGAGAAGGCUACCCCGACGAACUGGUCUCGGAUCAUGGGCCACAAUUUACAUCCCGAGAAUUCGAGUCCUUUCUUCAAGACAGGGGCAUCAAGCACAGCUUCUCGGCUGUGUAUCACCCACAGGCAAAUGGACAGGUGGAAAGGUUCAACCGUGCGCUCAAAUCUUAUAUUCAACUGGCCUUGCUAGAGCAGCGACCAGUGAAGAAGACUGUUACAGAGUACUUGGGGAUUUUCAGAGUUACUCCUCACAGUACCACUGGCCUUUCUCCUGCAGUGCUUCUGUAUUUCCGGCACAUCAGGACAUCCUUGGACGUCAUCGGACAUCCCACCUCUAGCUUCUUCACGGACCCUGCUCCGGAGAUGUCCUCACUUCGGAAGAGGGUGAAAGAGCACCAGCGCAAAAACAAAGUGUACGCUGACCGACGAAGUGCAGCCCGAGUACCGCAGUUCCAAGUUGGGAAGUAUGUGCGCGUUAAGAAACCAACUCCUGGUCCGAAAGGUACUCCCAGCUUUGGACCUCCAAUGAAGAUCCUUAAGCGCAUCGGGCGUUGGUCCUUCUGCCUGGAAGAUGGUCGAACUUGGAAUGCCUCACAGCUGACUGCAGUCCCAAUGGGAGCAUCGCCACAACAUGCGGUACGGUGGGAUGACGACUACCAAACUGCGCCGCUACACGGAGCACAAGCCUCUUCGCUGCCAAGUCCACGGACACCUGGCAGAACCUCUGGGCAGUUGGAGCUAUCCCCGUCAAUAUCUUCAGAUCUUUCACAACCACAGGCAAGCCUGUUUCAGAAGAUGGUGACAGUGCUUCCGUUGUCAUUGAAACUGCUGGCGAGCCGCCAGCGUUUCGUCGGUCCACAAGAGACAGAAGACCACCGGCAAGGUUGCAGGACUAUGUGCUUGGAUAUAAACAUUGACUGGCUUGUGAAUAUGUCUGUAUUAAGGAAGGGGUAG